AUGACUUCUUACAGGCCCUACGAGGGGCGCCUCAACUGCACGCCCAUGGCGCUGCUGAACGCUGCAGCAUGCAGAGAGAAGGGCAACGCCACGGCUGCUGCCGCCACCACCAGCCCGGAGGAGUGUGGCUCGGUGUCAGUGGUCUUCGCCCUGACCAUGAUGACCACGGGCCUGGUGGGCAACGGGCUGGCGCUGCUGCUGGUGUACUGUGCCUACCACAAGAAGCAAAACGUGCAGAGAGAAGGGCAACGCCACGGCUGCCGCCACCACCACCAGCCCGGAGGAGUGUGGCUCGGUGUCAGUGGUCUUCGCCCUGACCAUGAUGACCACGGGCCUGGUGGGCAACGGGCUGGCGCUGCUGCUGGUGUACUGUGCCUACCACAAGAAGCAAAACGUGCAGAGAGAAGGGCAACGCCACGGCUGCCGCCACCACCACCAGCCCGGAGGAGUGUGGCUCGAAGCAAAACGUGCAGAGAGAAGGGCAACGCCACGGCUGCCGCCACCACCACCAGCCCGGAGGAGUGUGGCUCGGUGUCAGUGGUCUUCGCCCUGACCAUGAUGACCACGGGCCUGGUGGGCAACGGGCUGGCGCUGCUGCUGGUGUACCGCGCCUACCACAAGAAGCAAAACGCACGCAAAAAGUCCUUCCUGCUCUGCAUCAGCUCCCUGGCCCUGACCGACCUGACCGGGCAGCUCCUCACCAGCCCCAUCGUCAUCACCGUCUACCGGGCUGGCCGCGACUGGCUGGCGGUGGACCCUUCCCUGUGCCUGUGCAUUUUCGGCCUCAGCAUGACCGUCUUCGGGCUGUGCCCGCUCUUCAUCACCAGCGCCAUGGCCGUCGAGAGGACCCUGGCCAUCCGGCCGCACUGGUACUCGAACCACAUGAAGACGUGCAUCAGCAAGGCCAUCCUGCUCAGCGUCUGGGUGGCUGUGCUCGCCUUCAUGUGCUUGCCCGUGGUGGGCGUCGGGCGGUACGCCCUCCAGUGGCCGGGCACAUGGUGCUUCAUCAGCGCCCGGGAUCAGGGGGGUCCCCACGUGGGCAAUGUCAUCUUCACCUCCAGGUUCGCCUUCCUGGGCCUCUUCUCGCUCGCCGUCACCGUGGCAUGCAACGUGGCCACCAUCGUCGCCCUGGUGUGCCACCGCCACUCCAAAAACUCCGCGUCUCAGUCCAGGAGGCAGUGGGGCAGAAUCACCAUGGAAACCUUGAUUCAGCUGCUGGGGAUCAUGUGUGUCCUCUUUGCCUGCUGGUCGCCACUCUUGAUUGUGAUGCUGAAAGUGAUAAAGUUGAGGCCUAUUUAA